AUGUUUGCUAUGUACCUGGACAUUCAGAAGGGGAUUAUACUAGAGGAUCUCAGUGAGGAGGAGCUGAAGGGGCGGUGGAAGAGCUUUAUGGGGAAAUGGAACCGUGGUCUUCUUGCAGAAGGCUGGUAUGACCCGUCUACGUUAGAGAAGGCUCGUCGCGAAGCCGAAUCUCACCCCCCUGUGCCGUCUAAGCCCGGACAGUUCCGUGGCUCACCGGACUAUGAGAACCCCCAUGAUGAAGCUACGGGAAUCAACUCGAACGUGAGAGUACAGGGCGACGCAGCUGAGGACGAAGAUGAGGAUGAUGAUUACGGUCCCGGUCUUCCAACCAGAUACGGAGUGACGUUGACGGGACAGCAGCAUUCGGGACCGGCAAUCCCAACAAUGCAGGACUUGGAUUUGCGAAAUGAAAUGGCGGUUGAGGAUGCUAUUGAAGCGCGGCAAGAUGCACAGAAGUAUCGCCGUGCAGAACUGCAGUCGCAUAAAUCCGAAGUGCGACAGAUGGAGGACGAGGUGGCUCCACGCGCUGAGCCGGGAACACACGAGCGGCGCAUGGAGAAACGUAGAGAGACAGCGGCUGCUAAUCGAGAUUUUGCACAAAAUCGGCGAGGGGGGUCGCCUGUCGAUGCUGCUCCCGAGGAAGAGUUGAUGGGGUCUGGCGCUGAUGAUCUAGAAGCGAUGAAGAAAGCGCAGGAGAGGGAUCAACGUAAAAAGAAUGAGCGUGAAAUUAGGAGGGAAGAAAUAUUGCGAGCGAGAGCAGCUGAGCGAGAGGAAAGAUUACAGCAAUAUCGACGCAAGGAAGAUGAAACCAUUGGGUGGCUCAAAACGCUGGCUAAGCAGAGGUUUGGUUAA